GAGAGAGAGAGACUGAGAGAGAAAGAGAGUGUGUGUGUGUAAAGAGAGCACGAGGUAGAGGAGGAGGAAGAGGAACGAUGCCGGGUGCUGUGGACACUCGACGGCCGCUCCUGCUGCCCUGUACGUUUGCGUUGCUGCUGCUACUUCUGUGUGCUGCUGAGGGACGGACCCGGCGCCUCAGGAAGAGAGGACUCAACCAGAAGGACUAUGAGUAUCCGAGCCAGUCCCAAUCCACUCAGUACCAAAAGAAUGACAGGUGCCCGCCACCACCACAGAUGCUGCCGGAGCGGGCGUGCGAGGUGCCCGGCUGCCGCUCGGACUCCGAAUGCGAGCGCCACAAGCGCUGCUGCUAUAACGGCUGCAUCUAUGCGUGCUUAGAGUCUGUGCAGCCGCCACCAGUGUUGGACUGGCUAGUGCAACCCAAACCUCGCUGGCUGGGAGGCAAUGGAUGGUUGCUGGACGGACCAGAGGAAGUUCUGCAGGCGGAGGCCUGCAGCACCACAGAGGAUGGCGAUGAGCCCCUUCACUGCCCCACGGGGUACGAGUGCCACAUCAUCAACUCUGGCAACCCAGCCGCAGGCAUCCCCAACCGGGGCCAGUGCAUCAAGCAGCGAGGCAACUCAGAUGGACGCAGCCUAAGACACAAGCAUUUCAAAGAUUACAAGGACUACUUAGGGAGCAACUCCAAUAAUGCAGUGGCCUAUGAGAAGCAUCACCACAAACACCUGGGUUAAGUUCUGUUCCAGGGUUCUGCAUUCCUCCAAGUGGACUUCAGGCUCCUUCUCCUCAGAGCCACCACAUGCCAAACAUCCUACCCGCUCGACAGCAUCAAGCAGCCCAGGCCUGCUCUCUCAUUCUGGUACUGACCACAUCUCCUCCGUCUGACCUCAAGUUACUGGACACAACAACCAACAAUUCAACAUCUGCUACCUCUUCAAUAGCCAAAUAAUUAAAAAAAAAAAAAAAGCCGAAAACGAAACAAAAAGAACAUAAAGUCCAACAGUAUGGGCCACUGCUGAAACCAAAGUUUCAGUACCACACACACACACACACUCAGAGCAGCAAACUUCAGAGACAGACAAAUCGCAACAUGAUAGAAAGUUGUCAGUUUAGACUUGGGAAAUGUAAAAUACACAAAAGCACCUUUUCCCUGAUCCUCAACCCUAGCUGUAAAUCAGGAACACGUGUGUCAGUUAACACACGUUAAACAGGCAGGCUCUACACAACUCCAAAGACCAGUAUUCCUCCAUUCACAUAAUCACACUGUAAAAGAGACGCACACACACACACGCUGCCCUGGACCAGUGUGUGAGUGGGUCAGCAGGAAAUGAGGACCAUGUGGCAUUUCUCACUUCUUCGCAAGACCUCCUGGGUCACAGGAUGAAGAGCGACACACACAGCGACACACACACACAGAGGAAUUUAGGAAAACGACUUUGGACAACUGUGAGGUCCAGAUCCACAGAGACGCCAGAGGUUAACCUGUAGCACAAACACACACACUCACCUCUGACACCUAUAACACCAUCAUAGGCCCUUUCAGAGAGCCAGUCUGAAAUCCUCUCUUUCAUCUUAACAUUAAAAGGGCAAAAAGAUUUAAAAACAAAACACCUCUAAAUUAUAACCUACCACCUAUAAAUCUGACUUUUUCAUUUUUUAAGUAAUUAAAACUAAUUUGUAUCCACCAAACAAUUUUCAUCGCUCUCCUGUAUCAUGGUGCUAAGGUAAACAGUAGAUUGAUAAGCUCACAGGACAUAGCUCAUGUCGGGUGCAGAGGCUCAUCUCUAUAAGCUAUCUCAGGCUCUAAGCUUACUGGGGCUUCUCUCUCUCUCCGAGAUGACCCACGCACAGGCUGCAAGGAGCGGCUCCGCCCUCUACGAGACCCGUCUCUACUCUGGUGCUGCAUCUGGACAAUACUUACUCCAAAUCGAAUAACGGAACGAAUGCUAAACUAUGUGGUUCAUUGUUACAGACAGGAAUUUACAAUAAAAGUACUGAAUUUAUUUACA